CGUGACAGAGCAUCACACUUCCGGUCAGCUGAUUCAGCUUCUCCAGCGCGAGUGUUUUCCAGCGUUAGCGUUGGUGCAACUUUAAUCGGUUUUUAGUGUUUUUUUAAGCGGAAACUUUCAUACAUUUUGAGUUUAUCUUUCACAACAGACCGACAGCCAUGGCGCUUAGCGAUGCCGACGUUCAGAAACAGAUCAAACACAUGAUGGCCUUUAUUGAGCAAGAGGCCAGUGAGAAGGCAGAGGAAAUUGACGCGAAGGCUGAGGAAGAAUUUAACAUCGAGAAGGGACGACUUGUGCAAACACAGAGGCUUAAGAUAAUGGAGUACUAUGAGAAGAAAGAGAAGCAGAUUGAGCAGCAGAAGAAAAUUCAGAUGUCCAAUCUGAUGAAUCAGGCCAGGCUGAAGGUGCUCAAGGCCCGGGAUGACAUGAUCCUGGAUCUUCUGAACGAAGCCCGUAAGCGGUUAGCUGGCAUCGCUAAAGACCCGGCUCAGUACGCGAGUCUGUUAGAAGGACUCGUGCUGCAGGGCUUCUAUCAGCUGCUGGAACCGAAGGUGACGAUUCGUUGCCGUAAGGAUGAUCUGGCCAUGGUGGAGGCUGCUGUCCAGAAAAAUAUCCGCAUCUACAAAGAAACUGUGAAGAGUAACAUCGAAGUCAAAAUCGACAAAGACAACUUCCUCUCCCCUGACAUCUCUGGAGGUGUGGAGGUCUAUAAUGCUAACGGCAAGAUCAAGGUGGCCAACACUCUGGAGAGCAGACUGGAUCUCCUGGCUCAGCAGAUGAUGCCUGAAAUCCGAGUGGCUCUAUUCGGUGCUAACCAGAACCGCAAGUUCUUGGAUUAACAGAUACUUCGACCAAAGGAAUAGAAAUGAAUUACACUUAACCUCAACAUGACUGUCUUUGAGUUUUUAUGCAAGGUGUGUAAAGGCUCGCUGUCUCUGCGUGAACUUCUCUCUUCUUCGGUUGUGAAAGUGGUCCAGGUUUCCCUCCUUUGAUGACAGGACUGACUGGAAAAGGGUACAGUGUACUGAAGCGAGCUCAGAUUAUAAACAGGAUGUGCUUCACCGUGAUCCUUUUUAAAUAUAACUCUGUGAAGGUACAGUGUAAUCUAUGCACUCACGGAUAAUAAAGAGCUCUGAUAUUUAUACUGUAAACAAGCACAUCUCUAUCACUGUACCUCUCCUUUCUAAUGACCACUGUUGGAUAAAUUCGCUAACAACUUAAAGCAUCGGCUUUCUUAACGUGUCUGGAUGUUUACCCUGCCUUGCCUUAAACGUGUGCUUGACCUGUAUGAUGUAAAUGACCUGAUGUUUGUUUGUCAUUUAAUUGCUUGUGUGUGGGUGUGAAUAUAAAACUGAGGACUAAAUCAAAUAUAUUUUAUUUCUAUAUUUGGAAACAUUUCAGUACUGGUGUUGUGUUAAAAUCAUUUGUUACAAUACAAAUGUCGACCAAAAAAAACAAAAAACAGGCAUUUCUUUUGUUUUUCUUUCAUUGUCCUUGAACAGGAGAAAGAAAUUAGUACAAAUAUUUCAUCACAUACAGUAUGUACAUCAGAUUAAAUAAUUUAUCUUGAAA